AUGUGGCUUGAGAUCCUCGCGAUCGUUCUCCAGCCAGAGGGCUUGCAACGGUUGGUGAUAGUGCACCCUGGUACGGCUUGCAGUACAUUCAAUUUCCGUCGGGUAUUCCAACCCGACGUGGAACCAGGACAAUUCCUGAGGACCUACGAGCAAUGGCUAAAGGUUGUCAGAGACUACUGGUCAAGGUCCGAUCAUCCAUCGGGCGUUGAUCUAACGACUUUCGUGUUUGAAGUUCAUCCGGUCAUGACCGUUCCCUGUGCGAUGGCGCUCUUGGCAACUAUCCAGACUGCAGUUGAGACAGCUCCUGGCAACGUCCGAGUGCUGACAGUCUCGUCUACAGAUAUCGACCGGGCCUUUGUGAGACUCGUCGAGCACUACGGGUUUGAAUCGCCGCAGCUCUUCACCCACAUCAACAGUGCUUCGUCCGAAACCGAGCCUGAUGAUGUUCGAACUAUUUACUGUGCUUCAAAGGCCGAGCUCAACAGAAGAGCGAUCGAGAGAAUCGGAAGCUUACAAGGAAAGCAGAUUAUCAUCGACACUCACCCGUGUUACCUCGCAAAGAUCUUGGAUUUGGACGAUUCCUGGAAACACGUUUCCAUGGUUUCGAGCGAUCUCCAACUGAUCUGGGACGCGUUGGAUGGAGUUUUAGAUGACAAUGUUGUUCUCCAUGUGCUUCCUGGCCAUUACUCUCCAUUGCCUCUUAGUGGAUACGACCAUGUCCAUGUCAUUGCUGAGUCGGAUCCCAUGACCUACGAAACUGAUACGACUACAAGCCAAUUGACGGUCUCACUGAGACAGUGGAGCAUUCAGGAACGGAAGGAGGUCAGGGAGCAUGUCCAGCGGUUUGGUACCAAGUCUUUGUCGGUCGCAUUCUAUGUGGAUCGACCAAAAAGAGAGGACGUCAACCUUGAAUGGUGGGAAGACGGACCUGUCCUUCGCCGACAGAAUGUUUGGAGUCGCAGCUUGGGAGCAUUUAUAGCCUCCGUCGCGUCGCUUGGUUCCAAGGUUGAUGCAGCUGCUGUAGCUCAAUGUUUCGUCCCAGAAGGGAUGAACACAUUGUACCAAACCAUGGUCAAACGUCUACAUACUCAAGGUAUCAUCAACCUUGGACAAGAUGGGCAUCUGGCUAUGAAUCUAGAGGGUCACGAGUUGACAGCCUUUUUUACUGUCCUCCCAUUGGUGAGUUAUGACCACCGCCUGGCAUACCUCAUCGCGCAACAAUCCGAACCUGAAGACGACGUGGCGCUUCAGGUCAAGAUUCAACUAGCUGCAGUGAUGACUGUUGGAGGUCUCUCACUGUUCAACUUCGAUGAGAGUUUGGGGGGCCCAGAGCCAGCCGACACUCUAGAAGCUGUGAUCCAGGCCUGUACCGGCUAUGGUGCCUCUUUAAGCGACCAGGGAAGCAUGUGGCUUGCGCUUGGUCUCUGGAACCGAGUUGGCAAAGACUCCAUGAACUUCUCCCAGAUUCCUGAAUCUGAUUCAAUCACGAUCUCAGGAACUUCGGUGCGUGUGAAAUGGUCUAGUUGUGUCACGGUGCAUGAGCUCUGGAAAAGUAUUUCCUCUGCUCUUGUAGCAAACGGUAUUGAUACGGUCCGAAGGGAUCUUACGACUGAGACACAAGUACUUUCCCAUGGCGACAGCAGGGGUAUAGAAACUCACUUGGUCAAGGCGUAUCUAUCCCAGCUAGUUGCGCAUUAUUAUGAUGGCCUUGAGUUUCUAGACGUAUCGUCAAGACGCAGGAUAAACGGCUUCGUGAGCGAAGCUGGGUUGACCCUUGAGUUCGACAAUGUGCUGGCAGACUAUGGACCUGCCUUUGGCAUUUACCAUCACCUCGUUCGAGUUGAUGGUGAGGUUGUCUUUAAGGACUGGACUCGAGUGAGUUCUGGUGCUGUGGAUAAUUGGAUGGAAGAGAACCCAGACAGGUCGGGAGAAUACGACGCUAUAAUUCGGAGAAGGGAUACGGACGAGACCCUGCCUAGGCCGAACUAUGACGAGUACAACUAG